CUUGAAGCACAAAUAACAUGCCCUUCCACCGAAGAGAUAACUCCAACGACCCAGUCUACAACUCCAACAACAACGACAACGCAAUCACAAGCGUAUCUAUUAGGCGCAUGCAAUAAUUCGACUGAAACUAGUUAUUAUUAUCAAGUAGCAAAUCCGGCAAAUUGUAAUACAUACAUUUACUGUGAACGUAGCGGCUCAAGCUUCCUUGCAUUAGAGAUGAAUUGCAGAAGUGGUCUCUAUUACAGCGCAGCUCAGAAGAAAUGUAUUCAGGCGACAGCGUGUCCGAAUUAAUAUUUAUUAGUAAUCAGUACAUACAUAUGUAUAAGCGAAUAUUUAUAGAUCGGAAAUCGUGAAAUUGGCCCACAAAAAAAUUUAGCAAAUAUUAUUUUAUUGAAAUUUU